CUCUCAGGCAUUGAUUGCAUUCUGUCAGUGAAGCUCAUUGCGAAAAGACGUUUCAACAUGAUGGUCUGGAGAUUUCUGUCGUUAGCUCUGUUGCUAACCAUAUCUUUUGCUAAUAUCAAUGGAAUCAACAGUGAAUGCAAAAUUCCACUCACCUCAAGCCAUAUGUUUUUGGUGCAAGUACCUUUGGUCUUCCAACAAAAUGGAGAACUCUAUCCGACUACAUACAAUGAAAAAGUUCAACAAAUCGAAAUGAAUAUAAAAAAUAAUGAAGAGGUGAUGUUCUCUUGUGGACCAAAUUAUUUGCGAAAUUUUAUGAAAAAAGAAGUCCUCAAUGUCAAAUGUAAUGGCGAAACCGGUAAUUUCAGUGUUGUGGCUAAUCCUGAACAGGAAAUGAGUAUUAAAAUGUAUUCGUGUGAUUUACGUGUUAUUGAGGAAGUUCUAAUACCCGUUGAAGGAUGUACAAAUGAAAAAUGGACUUCCGUGAAUUUUGGUUAUGUUGAUCCAAAUGAGAAAUUAACAUAUGUUUUGGGCUCUGCUUGUUAUGACAUGAAUGAGGCACGUACCAUAUUUGCACAUGUCAAAAUGGGAAAAACAGGUUCCAAUAUCCUACAAAAAUUAGAUAAAAAUUAUCUCGUCACUAAUCAGCACCCAGAUGGACGUUACAAAAUUGAACUUCUACGAAGUUUAAAUUUUGAUGAAAUCUAUGAAAAUAUACGUACUCACUUAAACACAUCACCGCCACCAAUGGGCAUACAGCACUUUAUAGAUGAAUCACUACUGAGCAGUAGUCAAUUUCAAGCUGUAAAGAAAUUAAGUUGGAAUUAUUAUAUUGGACCGGAGAAAUUAGAUGCACUUGAUUCUCUCAAGCAAGAUAUACGACAUCUGAGUGAGGGUAUAAACAUUGAUUUAUAUGUCGGUAGUCAUGGUGUUAAUUUCAUAAAUGGAAAGAAUGGUCACAAAUUAAAAAUAUAUUUACGGUCACACCAACGUUUCCCAAUGCCCGAACUUAUUUGGUUCGUGGUUAAAUAUCAAAAUCGUGCAACUGCUUUUGGAGUUUACAAUGAUCUUAUCGAGGGUAACAUCAAUAGGGAACAUGAAACUGCAAUUUGUCAGAGUGAAUGUGAGAAAAUAACUUGGUUAUCGGAUGCCAACAAAAGAAAUAGAAAAUCUUUAGUUUGUUGUUCCUAUGCAGAUUUGAAGAAAGUGGUCAACAAAGUACCCAACUUGGACGAUGUCACCGAUAUGUUGCUCUAAUUUUUUUUAUUUUUUUCUCCUUAAUAAAAAUAAGUACAUAAUUUUUGAAAUUCAUUAAA